GCUGGGAACCAUGCUGCAGUUCACAGAGUAGGUACAGAGUAGGAACAGUCAGACACAUACACUCACACAGACAGACGGUGAACAUGGGCCAGUUACUCAGCGUGAUCCGAGCUCCUCGGGACAAUCAAGCCUUACAGGAUGUGGCCGUGGAACAACAGCCUGCUUUUGACUGCUGUCAAUGCUUUAAGAAAGCGCCCAAAGGUUACCAAGAGUUACCGAGUGAGUCGUUCCCACCCGAGUUGUUCCACCCCAGUUCACAGCCUAGACAGUAUUCACCCACUUCAGUGGCACAGGUGGCUGUGAAUCCAGCACAAUUUGAGAGUGCAUCUGCUGCCUCCACCAUGGCUACAAAGCCAGGGGCGGUGUCCGUGACAAUGGGUGGUGCCACAGCAAGUGGUGCCACAGCGGGAGGAAGUCCUACUACAGCAGGGACAACACAAAGAGGAACGGCCAAAGUGGCAAUGCCAGAGACGGCAUUCGUCUCUCCAGCAGGUGCUACUAUUAUUGACAUACCAACAUCUGGGACCAAAGGCAGCCCUAAAGACACCCCAAAGCCAGCACCCAUGCACCUGGCCAAAGCUACACCUCUUACCACGGGAGGUGGCAAUAUUGUAGUGGAGGCAGCAACUCCAUGGAAAGCUGAAGUACCAAAGCUUCAAGAGUCUCCGAAACAGACAGCCAAGAGUGUGCCCACCACAUCAAGCAAAGUUGACAUGGCUAAAAAGGAUCCUGCUAAGUUGGUUACGGCUGUUGCUGCACCAGCUGCCGCGGCUGGAUAUGCCUCUCUGAAGGGGCCACAGACUAAGGUACAGGUGGAAGUAGUUCCCCAAGGAGCUAAGGCAGCCAAAAAGGAGCUUGCUGUGGACCCGUUUGAUGCCCUGGCUGAUUCCUUACCCUCAUCAGAGUCUUUCGCCCCUGCAGCCCAUGUAUACACCGGGCCAGAGGUGAUCGAGCAUGGAUUAACCUCAAAGAAGGGAGUGAUCUGUGGGGGGAACGACUGCCCACUGCCCCCAGGAUACCGAUUUGAAGACAUGGCCCCAGUUGCAGAUGUCAAGCCAAAAGAUGUCCCGAAACCCAUGAGCACCGAUGAGGCUCUGGACUCCCUGUCCUUUGGGUUCACAACCUCAAUGCCUCCCAUCCCUCAGAAACAGGAGAAGAAAGUGGAAGACUUGGCUGCCAUUGAUGCCUUGUCUGCUGGCUUCUCAAACUUUGCUCCGCCUCCACCCGCUCCCAUCAAGAAAGCUGAAGAGUUUAAGUCUGCACCUGUGACCAAGUCUUCUGCUCCCCCCGUUGACAAGAAAGCUAAGGUGGAAAAGUUUGCUGAUGACUUCUCUCUAAUGUCAGGAUUGGACUCCCCACUGGCUACCAAGCCCAAGACAGAUGAGAGUGUGCCCACCACAUCAAGCAAAGUUGACAUGGCUAAAAAGGAUCCUGCUAAGUUGGUUACGGCUGUUGCUGCACCAGCUACCGCGGCUGGAGAUGCCUCUCUGAAGGGGCCACAGACUAAGGUACAGGUGGAAGUAGUUCCCCCAGGAGCUAAGGCAGCCAAAGAGCCAGCACCCAUGCACCCAGCCAAAGCUACACCUCUUACCACAGGAGGAGGCAAUAUUGUAGGGGAGGUUACAACGCCAUGGAAAGCUGAAGUACCAAAGUUUCAAGAGUGUCCGGAACAGACAGCCAAGAGUGUGCCCACCACAUCAAGCAAAGUUGACAUGGCUAAAAAGGAUCCUGCUAAGUUGGUCACGGCUGUUGCUGCACCAGCUGCCGCGGCUGGAUAUGCCUCUCUGAAGGGGCCACAGACUAAGAAAGUUGAGGAUUUGGCUGCCGUUGAUGCCUUGUCUGCUGGCUUUUCCAACUUUGCUCCACCUCCACCUGCUCCCAUCAAGAAAGCUGAAGAGUUUAAGUCUGCACCUGUGACCAAGUCUCCUGCUCCCCUUGUUGACAAGAAAGCUAAGGUGGAAAAGUUUGCUGAUGACUUCUCUCUGAUGUCAGGAUUGGACUCCCCACUGGCCAUCAAGCCCAAGACGGAUGAGGUACAGGUGGAAGUAGUUCCCCCAGGAGCUAAGGCAGCCAAAGAGCCAGCACCCAUGCACCCAGCCAAAGCUACACCUCUUACCACGGGAGGAGGCAAUAUUGUAGGGGAGGUUACAACACCAUGGAAAGCUGAAGUACCAAAGCUUCAAGAAUCUCCGGAACAGACAGCCAAGAGUGUGCCCACCACAUCAAGCAAAGUUGACAUGGCUAAAAAGGAUCCUGCUAAGUUGGUUACUUCUGUUGCUGCACCAGCUGCCGUGGCUGGAGAUGCCUCUCUGAAGGGGCCACAGACUAAGGUACAGGUGGAAGUAGUUCCCCCAGGAGCUAAAGCAGCCAAAGAGCCGGCACCCAUGCACCCAGCCAAAGCUACACCUCUUACCACGGGAGGAGGCAAUAUUGUAGGGGAGGUUACAACGCAAUGGAAAGCUGAAGUACCAAAGCUUCAAGAGUCUCCGGAACAGACAGCCAAGGUACAGGUGGAAGUAGUUCCCCCAGGAGCUAAGGCAGCCAAAAAGGAGCUUGCUGUGGACCCGUUCGAUGCCCUGGCUGAUUCCUUACCCUCAUCAGAGUCUUUCGCCCCUGCAGCCCAUGUAUACACCGGGCCAGAGGUGAUAGAGCAUGGAUUAUCCUCAAAGAAGGCAGUGAUCUGUGGGGGUAACGACUGCCCACUGCCCCCAGGAUACCGAUUUGAAGACAUGGCCCCAGUUGCAGAUGUCAAGCCAAAAGAUGUCCCGAAACCCAUGAGCACCGAUGAGGCUCUGGACUCCCUGUCCUUUGGGUUCACAACCUCAAUGCCUCCCAUCCCUCAGAAACAGGAGAAGAAAGUGGAAGACUUGGCUGCCAUUGAUGCCUUGUCUGCUGGCUUCUCAAACUUUGCUCCGCCUCCACCCGCUCCCAUCAAGAAAGCUGAAGAGUUUAAGUCUGCACCUGUGACCAAGUCUCCUGCUCCCCCCGUUGACAAGAAAGCUAAGGUGGAAAAGUUUGCUGAUGACUUCUCUCUGAUGUCAGGAUUGGACUCCCCACUGGCCACCAAGCCCAAGACAGAUGAGGUACAGGUGGAAGUAGUUCCCCCAGGAGCUAAGGCAGCCAAAGGGCCAGCACCCAUGCACCCAGCCAAAGCUACACCUCUUACCACGGGAGGAGGCAAUAUUGUAGGGGAGGUUACAACGCCAUGGAAAGCUGAAGUACCGAAGCUUCAAGAAUCUCCGGAACAGACAGCCAAGAGUGUGCCCACCACAUCAAGCAAAGUUGACAUGGCUAAAAAGGAUCCUGCUAAGUUGGUUACGGCUGUUGCUGCACCAGCUGCCGCGGCUGGAGAUGCCUCUCUGAAGGGGCCACAGACUAAGGUACAGGUGGAAGUAGUUCCCCAAGGAGCUAAGGCAGCCAAAAAGGAGCUUGCUGUGGACCCGUUCGAUGCCCUGGCUGAUUCCUUACCCUCAUCAGAGUCUUUCGCCCCUGCAGCCCAUGUAUACACCGGGCCAGAGGUGAUAGAGCAUGGAUUAUCCUCAAAGAAGGGAGUGAUCUGUGGGGGGAACGACUGCCCACUGCCCCCAGGAUACCGAUUUGAAGACAUGUCCCCAGUUGCAGAUGUCAAGCCAAAAGAUGUCCCGAAACCCAUGAGCACCGAUGAGGCUCUGGACUCCCUGUCCUUUGGGUUCACAAGCUCUAUGGCUCCCAUCCCUCAGAAACAGGAGAAGAAAGUGGAAGACUUGGCUGCCAUUGAUGCCUUGUCUGCUGGCUUCUCAAACUUUGCUCCGCCUCCACCCGCUCCCAUCAAGAAAGCUGAAGAGUUUAAGUCUGCACCUGUGACCAAGUCUCCUGCUCCCCCCGUUGACAAGAAAGCUAAGGUGGAAAAGUUUGCUGAUGACUUCUCUCUGAUGUCAGGAUUGGACUCCCCACUGGCUACCAAGCCCAAGACAGAUGAGAGUGUGCCCACCACAUCAAGCAAAGUUGACAUGGCUAAAAAGGAUCCUGCUAAGUUGGUCACGGCUGUUGCUGCACCAGCUGCCGUGGCUGGAGAUGCCUCUCUGAAGGGGCCACAGACUAAGGUACAGGUGGAAGUAGUUCCCCCAGGAGCUAAGGCAGCCAAAGAGCCAGCACCCAUGCACCCAGCCAAAGCUACACCUCUUACCACGGGAGGAGGCAAUAUUGUAGGGGAGGUUACAACGCCAUGGAAAGCUGAAGUACCAAAGCUUCAAGAAUCUCCGGAACAGACAGCCAAGAGUGUGCCCACCACAUCAAGCAAAGUUGACAUGGCUAAAAAGGAUCCUGCUAAGUUGGUUACGGCUGUUGCUGCACCAGCUGCCGCGGCUGGAGAUGCCUCUCUGAAGGGGCCACAGACUAAGGUACAGGUGGAAGUAGUUCCCCCAGGAGCUAAGGCAGCCAAAGAGCCAGCACCCAUGCACCCAGCCAAAGCUACACCUCUUACCACAGGAGGAGGCAAUAUUGUAGGGGAGGUGACAACGCCAUGGAAAGCUGAAGUACCAAAGCUUCAAGAGUGUCCGGAACAGACAGCCAAGAGUGUGCCCACCACAUCAAGCAAAGUUGACAUGGCUAAAAAGGAUCCUGCUAAGUUGGUUGCGGCUGUUGCUGCACCAGCUGCCGCAGCUGGAGAUGCCUUUCUGAAGGGGCCACAGACUAAGAAAGUUGAGGAUUUGGCUGCCGUUGAUGCCUUGUCUGCUGGCUUUUCCAACUUUGCUCCACCUCCACCUGCUCCCAUCAAGAAAGCUGAAGAGUUUAAGUCUGCACCUGUGACCAAGUCUCCUGCUCCCCCCGUUGACAAGAAAGCUAAGGUGGAAAAGUUUGCUGAUGACUUCUCUCUGAUGUCAGGAUUGGACUCCCCACUGGCCACCAAGCCCAAGACAGAUGAGGGUGGCUCCAUGUCCCUGGAUGCUCUCAGUGCUCUGGGACACUCUCUGCCUGCUCCAGAACCAGCACCUGAACCUCCCAAGAUCAGACAUGAGGACAUAGUCACGGAGGGCAAACUCACAUCGAAGAAGGGAGUUUUUGUGGGUGAGCGAGAUGACACACUCCCACCAAAGUACAGGUUCACAGAAAACAAAGUCAAAGACCUGCCUCCUCUGAAGCCAGAGCCCUCCCUGGACUCUGGUGAGGCUCUGGAUAUCUUGUCAGGUGACUUCAUGUCUUCCUGUGUGGCUCCAGCUGUCCAUGCUCCUGUCCUCUGCCCCCCAGCUCUUCCCACACAGGCCUCAGAUGACUUUGCCUUGGAUGCCCUGGCAGGGGACUUUGUAGCCCCAGCUGUUGCUCCUGCAGUCAAAUCUGCUGUUGACCGCCAGCUAUCUAGAGGGACAGUAGAUGCUCUGGAUACCUUGUCAGACUCCCUGAUGGACAAGGCUCCUAUCCCAGAGCCUGCUCCUGUCUCAGUCAGAGACAUCGUCAAGGAGAAAAAGGUUAUAGAGGAGAAGCUUACCAAAGUGGGGGAGAGGGAUGACAGCCUUCCAGCUGAGUACCGGCCCACAGAGAAAGACCGAAAGGCAAUGGCAGAGGCCAAAGUCCAGGCUGAUGUUAGACCCAAGCAGCCGUCAAUGGAUGACAGCAAGGCCCUUGACCUCUUGUCUAGAGACUUGUCUUCAUCCGCUGGUCCAGCUGCAGCCUCCGUAGCCGUGACAGCAGAGCAGAGACAGCCCAGACUGGAGCCCAUGUCUGCCCCUGUCCUGGAUGACCUGGCAGGCACCUUGCUCCCAGACACCCCCGAGUUCAAAUCCAAGGGAGACAAGCCAAAGAACAAGUCAAGGUCAAAGUCAAAGAAACAAAGGAAGGAGGAUCCGUCAUCCAUAGACCAUCUGCCUGGACAGCUGAGUUCAGACGUAGUGUCAGCAUCCACAAAUAAGGAUGGCAAGAGCUAGACAUCUAUGUUUCUAGCGCACUACAUGUCCCCUGCCACAUGGUGGCGCCACUCGAGGGAGCUGCUGUGAAUGAUUCUAUUUUUCUAAAUGGUGGAGAACAUAUACUGGAUAAAAAAACAAACAUGACCACACACUUACACACAUGCGCAUGUACACACACACACACACACACACACCACAGUGUGCAACGCCUUUCCUGCUUGGUUUCGCACAUGACAGAAGAUUGUACUAGUUUUGGUUUCUUUCAUUUGAGACGAGGAGAGCAAAAUAAAGAGAGGGAACGAGAGCGAGCGAGGGAGGGAGUUUGUCCUGACUUAUUUCCCAGGAUUGAACAGAGAAUCUGUCCAAUCCUGUAAGGAAUAUUAAAUCUGGGCUUUGCCUUUCAAGUGGCUGACUGUCCAUCCUAGCUAACUGUCUGCAUUGCCCCAACGUUGUAGUGAUGUUGCUGCAACAUUGCUACAGCGUUGGGGGUAAUAGUGAGUGUCAUGUGUUUAGGAACAGUAUAUAGGGGUUAUGUAGGAUUGGGAUGUCUGUCCAAUAUUGUUGUACACAGAAGAGUGAGUUUUCUCUUAAGUGGACACCCACCAUAUAAUACACUAGUGUACAGCACAGUCUGCUCAAUAUUGAAACGUAUAAAAGGAUUUACAGGAAAUGAUCUGUGAGCAAUUCUAUAUAUUUACUUUCUGUAAAGCAAUAUAUUAAGAAGGGUUUAUAUAUGUGUGUACUUUGCCUUAUAAAAACAUUUAUUGGUUUCAGAAAGUGGACACAGAAGUUAACUUAUGCAGUCACUAUGUCUGUAAACUGUCUUUGUUUGUAUACUGUAAAGACUUGCUCUAGAUAUGAGGACACUGUCAUUUACACAGUCUAAAGGGCUAUCACUUCUAGUCAAAAAGUCCAAAGCUUUGUGGAUUAUUUCCCCAAGAUGGUAUCACAGAAUUCUACAUAUUUAGGUGCAGGUCUCAAACUUUAAACUUGAGAGAUAUUUUGGAAAUGGGAAUUUUAAUUAAAUAAAUACAAAUAAUAUUUAUAAUAAUUGUGUUGUGUGUAUUCAGCAUUCAUGUGUCUGGAGUAACUCCUUGUGUCACCCUCAACAAUCGAAAACAGAAACACAAUACUUUUUGUAGCUAACAUGGGGUAACCUAAAAUGUACAUUGUCAAUAAAUAAAUGAAUGCCUAUAACAAGACAUGACAGUAUUAUAAUACAUUUGUGUAAGAGGGUCUUUCGGUAUAGGGAACUUACUGUAUAUCUGUGUUGCAGUUAAAGGGAAGAAAGUUAUACUAUUUUAGAAACAUUUUCACAUGUAAUAUUAGGACCAUCUUUCGCUUGUACAAAGCAGCGCAGGUGUUUUUAAUUUUUAAUUUGACAAAGCUCCUUCCACCUCUUGAGUUUUGGAACGUGUGUUCAACCUCGACUCAAGUCUUCUUUUUUUGUCUUUUGUUUGUGCAACGGCCUUCGGCGCUUGAGGAGUAGAAUUUGAGUGUCGUAAAUAAAACAUAAUAAAAAUCGAUGUGGUUUCACCA